UUCAUAGUCAGUCUGAUUAUUGCCUCAGUCCAACAACAUUGCAGCCGAACUAUCUCUGACCCCCACGUACAUUAUGACUCUCAGGAAAAUCCUUCAACAGUCCCAGUCUCAGUCAAGUGACGAGGCUCCCAUCAAGGCGCAAUCCGGGGACGGCCUCCGAAUCCGUGUCCUCACUCACAACAUCCGCUACGCAACAGAUGCACCCUUCAAGGGCGAAGAGAGAUGGCCAGUCCGUUGCCCCCUCCUUUGCUCAGAGCUGGUCUUUAACUCGAAUGAUCCCGCAACUUUUAUCUGCCUCCAAGAAGUCCUUCAUUCUCAAUUACUGGAUAUCAUGCAUGCCUUGAAUGGUUCUGCCACCCCCGAUGCGUCAUGGGCCUACAUCGGCGUUGGACGGGAUGACGGGAAGUUGGCAGGGGAAUAUUCGCCAAUAUUUUACCGCCCUGCGGUCUGGAAACUGAAGAACUGGGAUACUUGUUGGUUGAGUCCAACCCCGAGAGUGCCUUCCAGGGGGUGGGAUGCUGCUAGCACAAGGAUUGCAACCAUUGGGCAUUUUGAGCACUUCCAAACUGGACAAAGAGUCAUUGUCACUACUACACACUUUGAUGAUCAAGGCGCUGUAUCUCGGAAGGAGAGUGCAAGGAUGCUCCUGAAAAUUCUUGAUCUGGAGGCUGAGCCUUCAGCAAUUCUCCUGGCCGGAGAUUUUAAUAGUCCCCCUGAUGACGAGGCGUAUGAGAUCAUGACGGCACCAGAGUCAACCAUGGUGGACAUUACUGAUAUGGUUCCCAAAGAAAGGCGUUACGGAAAUGAGAUGACCUUCACUGGGUUCGGUUUUGUUGAUCCAACUCCCAGUCGGAUUGAUUUCAUCUUUGCCAGCAAGAAAAGCAGGAUCAAGUUUGAUACAUAUGCUGUGCUGGCAAACCGUUUCGAUGAUGGAGUCUAUUUGUCAGAUCACCGAGCUUGCGUCGCAGAUUUACACCUGUUGCCGAGUAGUUGAGACCUUGCUUGAGAAUAUGAAGAGUUCCCGAGAAAUGCACACUAGAUUUUUUUGCCC